AUGAGUCAUCAGUGGCUGCACACCAACUUGCGCUUUUCUCUCCUCAACCGUCAUCUGCUGGCCCUGCUCAGCCUCUGCAACUCUCCCUCUCUGCCAUCCAUCCCGAAAUACCUGUUUCAAGUAAUGCCCACCCCGGAUUUUCCUAAGCUACCUGACGGUUUUCCUGGGCGAUUGGAGUACAAGGAGGACAAAUGGGUGUACUUUUCUUUGGCAUAUCCGUAUGGGAUCCCUGCCUGGGUCAUCACUGAGCUGCCAGGCGACAAGCUUGCUGCUGCUGCCAUGACUGCGAGGAAGCCAACCGAGUGGAACCUACCGCAUGUCGCAGAGGAGCAUGCGUUGGACAUAGGAUGGUUGCGUCUGUGUGGCCGUGACACGAUGCUGGGCCUUGCUGCCUACCUUAACGUGUCACAACGUGCUGCUUUCUGGUUGCAGGCCUUGGUGCCUGCCUCCAUUGUGGCACAGAAGGACAUGCCUGUCCCACUUGUGCAGCGUUACCUCAACUCUUGCAGCCGUGUGAUGGGGCCACGUGAGAAGUGCUCGUGUGAGGCACCUGUCAAGGCAGCAAAUGGGGAGUGGAUCAAGGGCACCGAGUUCAAGCGACUUGUGCUGAGCAAGGGCCUGAAGGGUACUAAGGACCGUAAGCACAUCUAUGCCAUCACGCAGUCCCAGCAGGUGCAGAACGGUGUUCUGGCACCCAACGUGGAGGCUAAAUCAUUCACUAGAGGGGAUGGUGAGGAUGCUGAGAUCCGUAGGGAGCUUGCAAAGGUGGGCAGUGAGCUGGGUGUACACAUCAUCCGCACCGUCCAGCCUGAGCUUUACCACCGUCUGGAGUUGCAUGCUAAGCUCCUGGGGUACUUCUGCCCUGGGACCAUGAGCAAUGUCUGCUUUGGUGGAAGCCAGCUGAACGUCUCUACACCAGACUACCUUGAUAAGCUCCAGAAAGGACCCAUGGACUUGUCUGACAGUCUGGGUUUUUUUGGUGGGGCACAACUCCAUAGGCUCUUCCUCUUCCCUGAGUAUUACGCAUUUGUGCAGCUGCCGGAUGGGUUUGCAGAGGAUGAGUCAGAGAGGUCUAGUCUGCUCUCUGUCUUGUUCUCUGGCCUUCAUUGGCACAUGGGAAUGAGCCCAUACGUCUCUGACAAUACGGUGGAGAUUGCACCGGAUGCUGUGCGUCUGAACCAUAUCAUGUACCCCAUGAGCCGUGUCAUGGAUGGGAACUCCAUGCUUGCACUUGGGGCUGUUGGGCAAAAGGCCAUUAACAUCCCACCUGAGAUGUACAAUCCAAUGUACGACCGCGACCACAAGAUCUACAGCAACUAUCUCAACUAUGCUGUUGAUGGUCUCAACAUUGGGGACAGGCGCGCUGUUGCGUCUUUCAUGGUGCGCCAGCUGUAUAACCUCGUCUUCCAUCUUUGGCGUCAAGCCGAUGUUGGUCCUUCUCUUAACCCAGACGUGUUCUUCAGUGCGUUCUCUGCGGUUGAUGAGGAGGGCCAGCGCAUCACAUUCACUGACACGGACUUGGUCCCUGUCCUUGAACAUCGGCCUGAUGAGCCUGAGUAUGUGCAUGAAACCAUCCUUGCACGUGCUCAGGCUUGGAGGGAGUGGAAGGAGCACAAGCUGCGUUAUGUGGCUGUCAUUCCACGAGCCACAUAUGACAAUCGCAUUGUGGACCUCCGCAAAGAGAUGGGGACUGAGAACCCUGCGCCUGUUUGUAAGCACAAUGGCAUUACCGACGAUUGGGUGAACACACCUCUCGGUAACUUCCGGCAACUUCCGGUAAUUGCCGAAAUCCCUUUCAAGACUACAAUACCGACGGAACGACGGGCCGAGACACCGAGGACUAUUGACUGUCGUAAGUAUUAUACUAAUUCUAACCCAGACUCCAACACUGUUCCUGUUGCACGUCCUGGAAGAUCCCAGCAACCCAAGAAAGCUCCUGUGCCGUCCAAGGGCAAGAAGGCGAAGCCUAAGCCCAAGUCCAAGCCAGCCAAGGGCAAGAAGCGCGCUCGCGCAGAGGUGGAGGAUGGUAUGGAUUCUGAUGAGAGACCUGCCCAACGAGCACGUUUGGACUUAGAGAAUGGAGAUGCCCGUAAAGUUAUAGGCCUUCCACGUCGUGCUACACGUGUUAUGGCUGUGGACGGACCUGCUGUAGAUCAGCCUAGCAGUUCUGCUGGGCCAUCUCAGCAUGGGGGAGACCCUACAGUGUCUGACAGAGAGGAUGGUCAAUUUCUGCUGUAUGUGCCUCUGGAUGCACUUAUGGUCCCUCCAAAGUUGUCUGCACGCACUGCAGAUGAGUCUGAGUUGGAAGAUGAAGAUGACGAGGAUGAGACGCAGGAAGCUCCUGUCUUGUCUCCUGCAGCUCAGUCAUCAGGAAGUGCAAGUGCAAAGUCGUAUGCGGUUGCUCUCUCGCUGUUCACUGCAGCAAAGUUCCAGGCUGCAAACCAGAUGCUGUGCAAUGUUGCCAGUGUUCUGCAGUCUGAGGAUUCAGCUGCCGGAUCUGUUUCACGCCAGCUUCUUGAUGGCCUGCUUGAUGCUAUGGAGAGCAAGGACUCUGCAGCUGCGUGCUCUGUUGGGUUUGCAGUUUUGCUGCAACGUAACUGGUCUGCGCAGACAAGGUACAAGCGGGAUGACUCCCUGCAGCACCUCAAGCACGCGGUUCUUAGGUCUGAAAUAAUGAUGAUGAACUACUAUGCUUGGCUCUGGCUGGACUGUGUUCCUGUCAACUACUGCUCAAGGUUUCUCUCAUCCUCUGCUCCCUCCGCUGCUGCCAAUGACUGGCUUGGCCGUCUUGCCAUUGCGGUGAACGAUGGCUUCAAGUCGCAUAACUUGGUCACUCUCCAGCGCCAGGACUUCCUUCCUGAUCUCCCCCCCCAUUCCAUCACCAUGCCAAGAGCUCGUUUCACCGCUGAUCGGCGUUACACUGCAUCCAUCGACUUCAUUCAGCGCACCCUACGCACAUGGCUGGACUUCCCGAAGAAUUCCUCGUAUGUGCGCUCCCUCUUCAUAUGCGCUAUCAUCUCGGCCUUUGGCUGCUCAGAUGUCCUUCUUCUGGACAGUGUCUGGGAUGUCUACCAGCGUGCUGAGUCUUCCCUUCUCAUCCUGGACGACCGCCGGUGUUGCCUCCCUUCCACCCAUCUAGAUCCUCUGUUCUAUGAUCUCCAUGCACUCCCAGUCCUCUCCCAGCCUACCUCGCCAGACACUUGUGCUUUUGCAGAGUUCCUUCGGCUUUGUUCCUCCUCACUUCCACCACUGUCCUCUGCAUCCUCUCGCUCCACUCUGCCAGCACCUCAGCUCACCUUGCAACCUUCCGACUCUGCUGCACCAGGCUUAGAGGCGCUCCACUGCUUUGUCAUGGAUUGCUAUGGCUUGCUGGACCAUCUUCUAGAUGGUAAGCAGAUCAUGCAGACUCGGCUCCAGAACUGGUGCUUGAGGAAUGAGGACAAGUACUUGCCAUUCCGGGAGCUUGCCCGUGGUUGCCGAGCGAGGCUUCCUAUCACUCCCCUACCUUCUUUGCCACACUGGAAGACUUUGUCGCCCUACAUCUGCAACAAGAAUGUGUAUGGCUCACAUGCCGUGGACCGUGAUGCUAGCCAUGGCGAGGCGAUGUUUGCGGCUGCACCUCAUUUUGUGGAGUUCUUCUCUGACCACCCAAAUGUUCCUUUCCUCGAUGGCCCCGUGUCCCAGGCAGUACCCGGAAGCUCCUCCCUGGCUGUGAAGAUGCCAACAGUGCCUGAGAUGGGCCAUGUGAUUGCAUCAUUGAAGUUAGGUGCACGGGCUGGUCUCAUUUGUCUUGGACUUCUCAGCGCCAAGCUGCCUGCUGCUGUGAAGUCUAGGAUGAAUUUUGAUGUGAUCAUGCGGGAACAUGCCUUGUUGUUGCUGCUCAAUGCCCAUGGCAUUGAAGAUGCACCACCAUAUGCCUUGUGGGUUCUGGGGGCUUCAAUGGCUAUGUUGUCUUGGACAAGCAUAUGUCAUGUUGGACGUCUGAGGACCUACAUAUCAGUGAUUCAUCUGCAUCGUACCCUCUCUUGUCUUGUGGAUUCUGGGGGAUUGGAUGGCUAUGCCGUCCCAGACAAGUCCAAUGCAAUUUGUCACAUGCAACCCAACCUGUCAACGGAGCAGAUCCUGGCGCUGAUCAAUGGUGUUACAGACGAUGAAGACAUGGAGCUGAAUGAGCAGGAGGACAAGCCUGAGUCUGAGCAAGAGAGCAAUGUUACAGACCAUGGCCAGUCAAGCAUUUACUGUUACCGGUGCCAUAAUGGUGGCAGCCUUGUCACCUGUUGCCGCUGCACCCGGGAUGUCUGUGCCCAGUGUCUUGGGCGGUUGGACUUCUCUGCCAUACAGGAUGUGUGGAGCUUCAUAUGCCCCGUGUGCCAUGGGGAAGAUAAACAGUUGAAGGACGAGCCAUACUACGCAUUCCAUCUUGUCUGGGUCAUUCCAGCCGUGCAAGAGCCCUGCCCAGUUGUAGGCACAAACAUUGGCCCACGGAAAGCCUUCUGUUCCACUGCACCCAUUGUCAUCUUAUCCUUCCGGCUCAAGUCACUUGGCAACCGUGGCAGUGUCCCAUUGAUGUUGCGCACCCAUCUUGAAAGUUAUUUUUGGUGUACCGACAACCUCCACUACGACGAUAUCGUCUUUGAUUUCCAUACCGUGAAGGAUGCCGCAAUUCAUGCCAGGCGUAUGAAGAGUCUGUAUGCUGACAUAAUCUCCGUCCCAAAUGUCCGCCUUGUCACCUUCAUCUACACGCACAGCAACGUGCACACAGGCGACCUAUACCAUGCUCAUGAUGCAACCUCGCCUAUAGACGAGUGGUUCAACAUUGUGCUCACCGAUGAGUUCAAAGUACUAUGCGACAAGGUCUCACAGCAUUGGAUGUUCAUCCUUGCCUGUGGUGCCAUUGUCAACAACAACACUGCACACAUGCACCUCAAGCAUCAACUUCUCGAGUACAAGGUCCCCUUUGUGUUUGGCUUCUCAGCCACAAUGUUCAAUGCCCACCUCAGCUCCGACUUCAUCAUCCACUUUGCCACACGCAUCAUCAUCCAGCUUGCUGUCCCUCUUCGCCACACAAUGGCUCGUAUGCUUAACAUGUCCUUCAGCCUCCGUCUCCACAGUGGUGUCAUUGUCUUCCGCUACCACAACGGCAUGGAGAACACCCCAUCGAUCACUGUCGAGAACUAUGUGUGGCACCACCCAAACCUUGCACCUGGCGGGAUGCGCAUACCAUCCCAGUGCCCUGAUUGCAUGCGGCUUGGUACCCUGAAGCCCAUCAAAAGUGUUGAGCGCAAUACCAUGCGGUACUUUGCUGGCUUCAAGUGCAAGCGCUGCAAGUGGACGAAAAGAAAGUGGCUGAGCUACGACCGAAGGGAUGGAAACUUGGUGGACAAGGUGAACGGUAAAUGGUUCCUGGAUAUCAUAGAUCCUGACAAUGGGGAGGCGGAAGAGUUGUACUACGCAAGGGCUUGA